AUGUUUCAUGAUUUGACGGAAGAACUUUCGAAAUUUUCAUUUAAUGAAGAGGUGGAGGUCAAAAGCAGCAAUGAAAGCAUUUCUAAAAGUAAUGAGAAGAAAGCUGCCGCAGAGGAAAGGAUAGUGUUGAACGUUGGCGGUAUUAGGUACGAGACAUUUCGUUCUACUUUAGUUGCAUACCCCGAGACACUUCUUGGUACAAUGUUUGCGGAGCGAAAUAAAGAGAUGCUUCACCCCACAAACGGCAAUGAAUAUUUUUUCGACCGGGAUGGUUACUUAUUUCGAUACAUCCUACAGUAUUAUCGCACCGGCAAAAUUCAUUGGCCAGAAUUACCUAACGCUCAAAACUCCAUUACUAGCUUGAUUCGUGAUGGGACGAGAAAAGAACUUUCACCAAGUGUGGCAACAAAAGAUGGUGAUGAUAUAAUACCAACAUACAUAUUUCCCAUUUCCCGUUCUGAACUCGAGCAAGAAAUGCAAUAUUUUCUAAUUCCAUUACCAAAUAGCGACGACGACGAUGAUUCACAUAACGGUGAUCCAUUGUAUUAUAAUCCUUUGACAUUUGCCAACAAAGCUGUGGUGGAUAACGUCAACGGAUUUCUGGUUGCUCUUCGAAACGUAAUGCAUCAAUUGGCUGGUCUAUUUGAGAAGCACAUUUCGAUCACUUUCUUUCACGAUAGACAACCACCAACAUUCAACCUGAACUCAAAUUUGAGCAUUAUUAAAAACGAGACUGCUCCAUUCCGUGAUGUCAUAAAACAAUUGUUGUUACCCUAUGCAGGAGUUGGAUAUACCUUAUUAAUGAACUUUGAAAAAGAGGUGGAACAAUAUUUAAAGGGUGAAAUACCUGAGCUGACCUGGUCGAUUGAAAAACCGCCUGGCUUACCCAAUAGAUUUACCCUACAUCUUAGUUUAAAUGAUAAGUUUUUGAAACAACAGAUUCUGAGGAAUAGUUUCCUGGUCAAUGUUAUUGGAGGAGGGGGAAUGGCUGGAUCAUCGACAAACGACAGAACGAAGGAAUUUAGCAAAUGA